AAACGGCACCGUUCAGUCGCAGUUCGAGACAAGAUCUGGCCCCGUCAAGAUGUUCAAAAUUCUCAGUGAAGCCGUCGUGAAGAAUCUGCCGGUCGGCAAGCAGCUGGCCAAGGGUGGACGACCCUACUCGAGCAAGGGCGGCAAGGACGCCGGGCUGACGGACUUUAGCCAGAAGAAAGACUGCGUUCAGAAAGCCUGCGAGGACCGCUCCACCAAGAUGCCGGAACCACCGUCCAGCUGCGAAAAGGCCGCAAGCCCCAAGACCUGGCGAGCCUGCCCGGAACCCCCAAAGCCCAAAGAAUUCUCCUGCGACGACACCCUGCAGCAAAAGGUCCCCCGGCGAAUCAAGCGACCAGUUGCGUCACGGCCAGCCUGCUCCAAGCCGGCGCCCAGCCUGGAAGCGCCCGAGUGCGUCAAGGUCAAGAAGGAGCUCUGCCCACGCGCCAUGAUGCCCGGCUGUGGCAAGGCCAAAAUCCCACCCCGUUGCGAGCCCAAAAAGGUCGUCCGGAACUGCAUCAAGGCGAAGCCCCCCGUAGCGUCCUUCUCCGAGUGCUACAAGAACCCGUUCCCGCCGCAGCCCCGCUCCGAGUGCAACUGUCUGUCGAUGCCCAAGAUUUGCUAGAAGAAGAAGGGUUCCUUUCCCCUACGAAUGUCGCCAUUCCAGAUUCAGAAGAAAAGCAGGAGAAGGUGGUUUGCGCGCGUUAUGAAAUUAGAACGAACAGGAAAUUCAAAGUAGAACGGUAGCGAGCAGUUCACGUUUAUUUGAUAGAUAUUUUCCACGUAAUGUACAAAUUGAUGAAAGAAAAGUAGUUUAUACAAUACAAAUUUGAAAUGCA